AUGAAAUCGCAAAAGCUACAAAGUUCGGCCCAGAAGACAUCGCCAUUAUCAUAAAAAACAGGAGCCUCGAAAUUGACUCCGCAGUAAAAGAGACAAAAGAAAAUUGAAGUCAAGACUGAAGAUGAAGAGAUAGAUCACCAUGAAAUCUAAGAAUUGCAAGAAUAUUUCCAAGAAUAGGAAAGUUAAACUAUAACUGACAAGGAAUUCUAUAAGGCAAUGCAAAAACUUAAAGAAAGAGGAAAUAAUGCUGUGCCUCCAAAGAAAUCCGCAUCUGCUUAUAUUAUUUUUGGAAAAGAGAAAAGGGCGGAAAUACUCAAACGUAAUCCAACUGCCAAGGUUACUGAGGUCGUAAAAGAGAUUGCUUAAAGCUGGGGUAAGCUUGGGAAAGAGGAAAAGUAGAAAUACAAGGAAGCAGCAAAGAAAGAUAAGGAAAGAUAUGAGAAAGAAUUAAGAUCACUUGAAUCAUUCUCCGAGAAGCUAAAGAAGCCCAAGAAGUGUUUAUCUGCUUAUAUGAUCUUUGUGAAAGAGACAAGACCAUUAAUUGUAGAAGAGCACCAGGAAAUGGGAGCACUUCAAGUUAUGCAAGAGGUGGGAAAAUAAUGGUAGGCACUUACAGAGGAACAAAAAAGCUAUUUCAAAGAGAAAGCAGAUAAGGAUAAGAUGAGAUAUCUGAAUGAAUAGAGGGCCUUCUACGAUGAAGUAGAAAAGAUCGGUUAAAAACAUGGUACUGUGACAACUAAAGAUGGAUAAAUUGCAGUAGCAGCAUAACAAACUCCAAACGAUUAAUUCAAUAAGCAGAAGCCAAGACUGAAUAACAAAGGCAACGAGAAUUCUAGUUCAUAGCAAUCAUAACUACAGAAAAGAAAACUAAUUGUGAAAUUAAGCAAUAUAAAUCAAGGAGAGUCUCCUUAAAAGCGAAUAAAGAACGAGGAAUUCAAAGUAGGCAACAAUAAUGGAAUGAUAGACUAGCAAAAUUCAAACAAAAAUAUGAUACCUAUUGGAUAGUAAAAUACAGAAAAUAAGCCAAAAAAACCACUCUCUGCAUAUAUCUACUUCAGCCAGGAAUUCAGAGAAAUUAUCAGACAAAAAUUCCCAACCAUGACCGUUGCUUAAGUUAUGAAAGCUGUCAGUCAUAGAUGGUCAAAAUUAACAAAAGAAUAAAAGCAGCCUUUUGAAUAAAUUGCAAACGAGGAUAAACUAAGAUAUGACAGAGAAAUUUAUGAUUGUAGAAAGGGAUUAUUCUAGGGAAGGUCUUUAACUCCAUCUAUUAGAAUUCAAUCAAAUAAUGAUGCUGUUAGCUCUGCCUUAGAAAUAUCUGAAGAUCUUUAUGAGUUCUUGCAAGUAGCGCCGAAAUAAGAAAAUGACGAAAAUGGUGACGAUUAAUUUGAAAAUUAUGACGAGAACUUAGAAGAUCAAGAAUAUGAGGAUCAAGUUAAUAACAACAUGGAAAACAUUGAAGAGCAGAACAACUUACAGUCUAACAAUCUGAAAGUGGUGAUUGAAAAUUUUGAUGAAGUCCAAAUGAGAAAUAGAAAAGAUAGUCUAAUAAACCCCUUGCUCUAAGGAAUUAAAUUUGAAAGUGAAGACCAUGUGAAUGAUAUGCAAAACAAUAUGCAAAGCAUGCCAGGAAUGAACAUGUCAAACAACAAUGACAUGAAUACUAUUGGAAGUACAGUUAGCUUUGGCUAAGCUUCCAUGAUGUAAAUCCCUCACAACUAGCAUUUGCAAGCAUGCCUAUCACCCUUUGGCUUCAAUGACGGAGGUCAGAGAAAUUACAUGCUAUAAAAUGAACUUGCCAAAAGAGAGAAUGAGAGAAAAACUAGCAUGAACUUUAACUAUGGAACAGGUUUCUUCACCUAAUAGAGUCCUGCUAUGAAUCCCAUAAUGACCUCAAGCAUGUUUAAUAUGCCAUUCUUGGGAGGACUUGGAGGUUUACAAGACGAACAGAACUAAUUAGGAUAUUUAAUGAGUAGUCCCUUCUAACUACCACCCAGUAAUCAUCAAUUAUAGUCAUCUGCUACAUUUGGCAGACCAUCUGGAUAAGGGAAUCAAUUAAGAAUUCCUGGCUCAUCCCCCUAAUUAGGAGCGAUGGCUCCACCUAACUAAAUGAUGAUGAAUCCUAAUAGCUACUUGGGAAGUUCAAAUAAUGAAUAUGCUUCCACUCUUUCACCAUUUUUGGCACCUUAACCUCCUUAACAAUUCAUGAUGUCUAAUCAGCAAUUUUAGAGUCAAGGAAUGAACGGAUAUGGCCAAGGAUCGGCUAAUAAUUCAGCUAGCACGCAAAGCAGCAUGAAUUAGCAAAUUAAUCAAUAAGGAUUGUUUAGAUGA